UAUAAGGACAGCCAACCAGACUGAACGGUUUUCUUAUUUUAGCUGAAAAUGGUGAAACAGACGAUACAGAUAUUUGCUCGCAUUAAACCCACGAAGAAAACUACGGCGGGGUACUCUGUGGACAAUGAGGAGCUGACAGGUGCUUCUCUGGAGUUUGUGGUGCCCAGGGACCUGGCUGAUGGCUUCGUUAACAACAAAAGGGAGUGCUAUAAGUUCAGGUUCCAAAAAGUGUUUGAUCAAGCAGUGAAACAAGAAGAGAUAUUUCAAAACAUUGCCAAACCAGUUGCAGACAGUGUAUUGGCUGGCUACAAUGGCACCAUAUUUGCCUAUGGCCAGACGGGCAGUGGGAAGACCUUUACCAUCACAGGAGGGGCCAAGUGUUACAGUGAUCGAGGCAUUAUUCCCCGCACUCUUUCCUACCUGUAUGAAUGCUUCAGUCAGGACAGCAGUAUGGUUUAUACCACACAGAUCUCCUACCUGGAGAUCUACAACGAGAUGGGCUAUGACCUUCUGGAUUCCCGACAUGAAGCCUCUCAACUGGAAGACCUACCAAGAGUAAUGAUCAUGGAGGAUCCAGACCAGAAUAUCCAUCUCAGGAACCUGUCACUGCAGCAGUCAGCUAAUGAGGAAGAGGCGCUGAAUCUACUCUUCCUGGGUGACACCAAUCGUAUGAUUGCAGAAACUCCCAUGAACCAGGCAUCCACACGUUCCCACUGUAUUUUCACUGUCCACUUGUGCAGACGCGAGCCGGGCUCAGCCACCCUUCGGCGCUCCAAGCUCCACCUGGUGGACCUGGCCGGAUCGGAUAGAGUUAGCAAGACUGGCCUGAAUGGGCAGCUGCUCACUGAGGCCAAGUACAUCAACCUCUCCCUUCACUACUUGGAGCAGGUGAUCAUUGCUUUGUCAGAGAAGAAUCGCUCCCAUAUUCCCUACAGAAACUCUGUGUUAACAUCUGUGCUUAGGGACAGCCUUGGGGGCAACUGCAUGACGACCAUGAUUGCCACUAUGGCAGUUGAUAAGAAGAACCUUGAUGAGUCCAUCUCUACAUGCCGCUUUUCUCAGCGCGUGGCUCUCAUUAAGAACAAGGCGAUAUUGAAUGAAGAACUGGAUCCUUCCCUGCUAAUAGCACGUCUGAAAAGGGAGAUUGAGUCUCUGAAGGAAGAGCUGGCCAUGGUGACAGGAGAGCAGAGAGAUAACGAGCUAACUGUGGACGAGAUCCAAAAGUUGGAAGAGCUAGUCAAGGCCUUUCUGGAUGACCCUGAUCCAGGCGUGACACUGUCACUGGGAGCAGAUAUGAGAAAAAUCCAGUACUGUUUCUCCCUGCUUAAGAUAAUGAUUCUGGAAAAGAAAGGUGGAGGAAACAAGUGCAGUGAUGGGCAAGAGUUACCAGCAGCAACAGUGAGGGAAGAUGGAAUUCAAGACAGCCACCAAAGCGCACCAACAGUGACCAAAUUGAAGGAGAUGCUGACUCAACGUGAUAAUGAAAUCAGUAUCCUAGUUAAGAUGUUGAAGAAGGAGAAGAAAAGGGCCCAAGAUGCUGCUGCCCAGCUUGCUAACAUCACUAGUGGCCACGGCUUGGCCUCCCAGAGUGCUUCGAGGUUGUCAGCAAAGCUCCUGUUGGGGGAAAGCAGUACAGACACCAUCUCAGCCAACUAUGGAGGACAAGCUAUGCAGUACAUGAAAAGAGGUCCACAGCUGUCUAUUGGAAAGCAAGAGGCCUUUGAAACUUUCAUAAGGGACCAUGAGGACAUCCUGACCAUUGAAGACAACAAGAACCUACUCAGCAAGAGGUCUGCUGAGGCCAGAAGACUAGGGGAGCUACUGAAUGAAGCCAGAAGCAGAAUCAAUGAGUUGAAAAAGCAGUUAGAGAUGCGGAGGAGGCAGACGGCAGCUCAUGGUGUGAUGGGGAACACAGAGGCUGAGAAAGAGGUGGACCCAGUGGAAGAAAACCUGUGCAAACAGAUUGAGCAAGAAAAAAAGGCUUACAAGAACACCAUUAGCCGUCUAAAAGCACUGAGGACAGAGAUUGAGCACCUGCAGCUGUUGCUGGAGAGGGCAAAGGUCAAGCUCCAGAAGGACUUCCAUAAGUGGUGGAACCAGGAGAUUUCCAGUGUGCAGGAAUCUGAGUCAGAGACCACAGCCAGUGUUCACACAGGUUCACCAGGUGGAGCCUUGCAGCCACCUCCACACGGCACUCAAGGAAUUGGAAGCUUCAACCCCAAAAACAUACCUCCCUUAACAGCUGUCCCAGCAUGGCAUGAUGCGUCCAUGGAUGGGAGAGUGACUGACUACACUCCUUCAUCUGAGUGGAGAGCCCUUUCUACCACCAAGCUGACAUCAUCCUCUAUUCCCCUGACUGGAGACCAGCAGACCGACGCUGACAUCCUGGCCUUUGUCAGAGCCAGGCAAAACCUCCUCAACAGAACAGGUCCACCUCAGCAGUGAUAUGAAGCUCUGACAAAGCAUGCAAGGCCUGAAGCUAUCAUCACCUGACUGCUCAUGCAACCAUCACAUCAAUCAGGUGAUGAAAUGAUCCUGAAAAUGUGUAUCAUACGUCCUUGAGUAUUGAUGGACAAUGAAGAUGUGAGAAAAAAUGAUUUCAAAUGUGUACAAAACAUCACAAUUUUUCUCAUAAAAAGACUCCUCUGCCAAACAAACACCACAUAGCCUGUCUCAUUCGCACAUGCAUACACACACUUGUUGACCUCCUGAAGAUGAUGCCAUUGAUAUAAUGGACAGCAGUAUAAAUCACAUCCCGCACCGGCCAUUUGAUCUGAACAAAUGUUGUCUUAAGAUAUCAGAGGAAGUAGUAGACAAUAGGAUACCAGCUGGCUCCAGUAUGUGUUUAAGGAUGUAAUGAAUCAUGACUUUUUAAAUGGUAACAGGAAGUUUCAACAUGCAGAAUGACAAAUACAUUUCAUAUUUCUUUCUGGUUUCCUUUUAUUCCAAGGUUAACAUUUUUUUGGAAAAUGUUGUAAAUUUCUGUAUUUAAUAUAUAUACAGUACUUUGUGUGUUUAUUUCUGAUUGUAGUAUGAAUAUAAAAUUUGUACAAAAUAUUGAAUAAAAACUGAAGCUGCAUGAUGACAAAAUGAGAUGCCAUAACGUGUUUUACUGUAGUAUUUCAUUUGUAGUUAUUA